AUGGAUGCCAAUAACUCUGCGACGGAGUCCGAGGAAGCGCAGACACGGCAGUGGGAAAACACCUCUGAACCGGCUCUUACCACAGGGGCCGCUGUGCAUAAGUACACAUCCCUCCUCACGUCAGAUCUCAGCCACAGGAGGCUCCUUGACGUGUGCAGAGCAGUACAGGCAAGUGUGACGGAGCUGCAGGGGGCGCUGGUUCGCCAGGACGAAUCACUGCGCUCUCUGGUAGCCAGAUGCGCCUGCAGCCUGAAGUUGGAUGCUGCCGCCAGCUUCUGGCUGAUGAUCAGUCACAUAAGGCUCGCCUUUAGAGUGGCAAGGAUACUUGAGUUAGAUAACGGGAAAUCUGAUGAAGGCAAACUCACCGUGGCGGGAAUUUGGCGGAGAGAAUUUGAAGGCGUUGAGGGUGCCCCAGAGAAGAGGACGUUUCAGGACUGGAACACUACCGGCGUGAAGUUCGCGCGACUUGCCGGAGGAGGCUCUAUCUAUCUUCUGGUGCUAGUAGCAGCCCAGAAUCUCCGAGUACCUCUGGCUACCGCCAACGCACACAUCGCACAAGACUUCAGUAAUCUCCUGAGGUGGCCUGACGACGAACUAGGGCCGUUAUCACCGCUGACACCAAUUGACUCUCCCGUCCCUCCAGAGUUCGACUUACCAGACGAUGUCGUCAUUUCCUCCCCGCUCAGGUCAUCCCCUGUCCCGCCGCACGAGGAAGUAGUGAUUCGCCUCCAGUACGACGAGCAGCAGGAGGAUAACCAGCGCUAUCCGGGACCGUGCGGUGACAGAGACAAGAACGUUGUCUGGACAGAACAAGCCCGUCAACAUGCGUCCAACUCCGCUCGGCCUGCAACCCUGGAGGGUCUCCAGAGUGAGCUUGAUGGUUUGUACUCUGAAGGAAAGCGAAUCAGGGACGACUUGUACGUGCGAGUACCCCUCGAACUUGUAAGAGACGUGCUGACAUUCAGAGGCGCGAACAACGGUCUCGUAGCGUCGGUCUGCACCUCGAUGUCGGAAGCUAUGGCAGCCGAUCUGACGGAGCGGCUGGUCGUGUGCUUCAAUACCGAUCCUUUGAAUGACGUGGACACUGCGACACAAACACAGCACGAGUUCCAAGCCAUUCAUUUCUUGUGGUACAACCACCACGCCACGAAGGGUCAUGACGCACCUUCAGAUGUACCGCCGCAAAUGAUGAGCAAGUUUGGACGCUCAAGGACCAACUACCGUCAAAUGAUACCAUAUCCGUCCAAGGAUAUGGUGGUCCAUGAGCCCAUCUAUCAGGCAAUGGAGUGUAUUCUUGGCGACGUGUUCAGCUGGAUGGACACCAAGGUCCAGACAAUUCUUCCAGGCGUAUACCGUCAUCUCGAGGCAACGGCCAGCAUCCUCCCUAACCACCAGCAGUCGCUGGUCAACCCGUUUGUGGGUUUGGUCAUCAACAUCAAUGUCGCAACCUACGCCCACAGAGACAGCAAGGACGACACUGUCUGUGUCGUCCUUGCUGUUGGCAAUUUUGAGGGCGGCGAGUUGUGCCUGCACGAAGCGGGCUUGGUCAUACCGCUACGUCACGGCCAUUUUGUGAUUUUUACGAUCCCUGAGGUACGAAGGAAUCGUUCUUAUGACUGGAGAGAAUGUAACGCUUAG